AAAAACAAAUGCACAGAUUUAUACAUACCAACGUCAGAAAUAGACACCACGUUCAUUGUGAAAAACCUGCCUGAAUGAUGUCGGAGACAUAGAACAAUGCCUAAAUACUAAGACACAAACUCAAAGAAACCAAUUAGUUUACUCACCGGCGUUGUAGAUAUUAGAAAUUGAAAGACCUUGGAGCUCUUUCAAGGUUUUGCGGAACAAUUUCUUUAAAAGAUUGAUUUUCUAUGACAGGAAUUUAUUCCUUUUUCAAAUUAACUCCACUUCUAUAACUUUUACUGUCUUUGUAUACAAUAUAAAGUAUUAAUUAAUACGGAAAACAAUGGCCAAAGAUUUAUUCGCAGUCCUACGACAGAAUAAUGAACUACCAAAUCUCCCGUCAGCAGAAGAAGCCGUGGUAGUAGAUGGUGGUUCUCAAAUGGAUCUUUUCUUUAGUGAAGUUGAAUGGAUUCGAAGAGAAAUCGAAAAGACUCGCAUAGAAAUAAGUCAAGUUAAAACAAAACACGGUGAAAUUUUGUCGGCACUUCAACAAAAUCCAAAAACGAAAACACAACUAGAAGAAUUAAAUGAAAGUAUUACACGUUCAGCUAAAGAAAUUCGACUUAAGCUAAAAUCAUUGGAACAAACAAUCAGAGAACAAGAAGCUAAUGAUGCUACAUCUGCUGAUUUACGUAUUCGUAAAACUCAGCAUUUUGCCAACAUUAAAUUAUUCAUGGCUGCUAUGACCGAUUAUAAUAAAACUCAAAUUGAUUUUCGUGAUGCUAAUAAAGCUCGUAUCAAACGACAAUUGGAAAUAGCUCAACGAUCAGUUACAGAUAAUGAACUAGAAAAUAUGCUUGAAUCUGGAAAUCCACAGAUUUUUACUCAAGGAAUUAUAACAGAUACUCAACAAGCACGUCAAAAUCUAGCCGAUAUUGAAGCACGUCAUGAAGAUAUAAUGAAAUUAGAAAAGAGUAUUCGAGAAUUACACGGUUUAUUUACCGAUAUGGCUGCAUUGAUUGAAACACAAGGUGAACUCGUUGAUCGAAUCGAUGUCAACGUUAAACAAACACAGGAUUAUGUUGCUGAGGCUCGACAGGAAACUAAAAAAGCAGUUGUAUACAAGAAAAAAUCUCGGAAAAAAAUGAUGAUAUUAAUUGCAAUCGGUGGUGGAGUAUUAUUGAUCAUUUUCAUUAUUGUAUUGUCUACAGUUCUACGAUAGAUGUGAUGAUUUUAGUUUAUUUCAUAUUUACUACUUAAAUACUACUUUAAUUAAUAUUCUGUAUAAAGUCACUGAUGUUAGUGAUAAUAAAAACUAUUAUGAUACCUCCUUCAUGUAGAUCAUGAAUUUUUGUAUGUAAAUUAACCAAAUGAUCAGUUGAAUUAGUAAAAUAAACAGAAUGCAAUCAAAUAA